GGGGCGGGGCGCGGCGGUUCCUCCAGCUCCAGGACUACAUUACCCAUGAUGCCGCGCUGCCGCGGCCGGAAGCCUGAUGCCGCCGCAAGGGGUUGUGGGAAGCAGGCCUCUUCCUUUCCGGUGGUGGGCGCCAUCAGCAGGUAGACAAACAUGGGUGCCUACAAGUACAUCCAGGAGCUAUGGAGGAAAAAGCAGUCGGACGUGAUGCGGUUCCUCCUGCGUGUCCGCUGUUGGCAGUACCGCCAGCUCUCUGCCUUGCACCGGGCGCCCCGGCCCACCCGACCAGACAAAGCUCGCAGGCUGGGAUAUAAGGCCAAGCAAGGUUAUGUUAUCUACCGUGUCCGUGUUCGCCGUGGUGGUCGUAAGCGCCCAGUCCCGAAAGGUGCAACCUACGGUAAACCUGUGCAUCAUGGUGUUAACCAGCUGAAGUUUGCCCGGAGUCUUCAGUCCGUAGCAGAGGAACGUGCUGGCCGUCACUGUGGGGCUCUCAGAGUCUUGAACUCUUAUUGGGUCGGUGAAGAUUCCACGUACAAGUUUUUUGAAGUGAUCCUGAUCGAUCCCUUCCACAAGACCAUCAGGCGCAACCCUGACACCCAAUGGAUCACCAAGCCCGUCCACAAGCACAGGGAGAUGCGCGGGCUGACAUCAGCCGGGCGGAAGAGUCGUGGCCUUGGCAAGGGCCACAAGUUCCACCACACCAUUGGUGGCUCACGUCGUGCUGCCUGGAGGAGACGCAAUACCCUGCAGCUGCACCGCUACCGUUAAUUCCUGUCCAUGUAACGAUCUAAUAAAGCUCAUGCGGGUUGUUGAAUUUAACAA